CGGUUCUCUCAAUGGCGACACAGGUGUCACUCUUUCAUGGCACUUCUUGAGCGCCCCUCGCCCCCACACCCUCACACCCUCACAGCCCGCUCUCUCUUAGGUUACUGAUUACCAUCACCAUCACCCUCACAACUCGCUCCUACUCACCGAGCCACUACACUCACCGCUCACCAACCGACAACCCACAACAAUGGCAUCCUCCACCACUUCCCCAGGCACUCCCUCCCCCUCCUCCUCUGGCAACACCCAAACCAACCUCAAAAUCAUCAACGCCUCCCUCUUUCGCAUGGGCACCAAGUCCAUGGCGCAUGCCUACCAACUCCUCGGCUUCAACACCCACCACGGCCUCCUCGAAGACGUGACCAAGUCCCCCUGGACCCAGAUCGAGCACGCCGCCGAAGCCACCUGGCCAGACGUUCCCUCGGCGCGCCCACGCCCUCCCUUCACCAGGGCAGAUUGGGACGCGCUCUGGGGUGGUUAUGACGUGGUGACGGACCUGGCGUCGCCUUUUGCGGUGGAGCUGGUUCAGGCAUACCCCGAGGCGAAGGUCGUGGUGGUGCAGAGGGACUUUGAAAAGUGGUGGCCUAGUUUUCGGGAUGAGGUGUUGGAUCGGGUGAUGAUGCAGCCCAUGGCGACGGUGAAUGGGUGGAUUGGGUGGCAUGUCAUGGGAAUUCGGGCGGUGCAGGCGAUGCGGAAGGUGCAUUUUGGGCUGUUUGGGGCGAAGACGAGGCCGGAGAUUGAGGAGAAUGCGCGGAGGACGUAUGAAGAGUAUUUCAAGGAGAUUAGGAGAUUGGUGCCGGAGGAUAGGAGGCUGGAGUACAAGAUGGGGGACGGCUGGGAGCCGCUGUGCGAGUUUCUGGGGGUGCCGGUGCCGGAUGUGCCGUUUCCGAUGGCGAAUGAGCAAGAGGCGCAUCAGGAGGAGACUUACAAGAGCGGCAUCCGCGGGAGACUCGGGUUCUGUAGCCGGCUGAGGCAGGGCGGUGACGACGCCAGCGAGGACAGCUAG